AUGCAGUGCCACACAUCUCCAUGCCAGCAACCCAUAGAUGCUGGUCUUCCUAGUGCCUUGGCUAGUGUUCCCUCAUGUGUGCCUCCCCCCUCCUGGAUGCUGUAUCAAGUGAAUAACUCCCCCACACAGGCACAACACCCACUCAAACUCCAGCUGGCAUACCCCCAUAGCUUCCGCCUUCACAACCCGCUGCUUCCUUCCAUCCUCAUCUCCCAUAUCCUUACUCCCAUGCGCUGGCUGCAGCAACAAGUGGAGAUAGAAUAUGUGAGCCUUCUGGCUAAGCUGGAACCUCAUACAAUGUUGUUGAUUUUGCAACCUUGCUGGAGGCUGAAGCAGAGUCCACCAGCAGUGCCUGUUUUGCCAUUUAUGCCCUACAGCAUCAUGUUCAGAAUUCACAACCAGGUAAUGAAGACAUUCUCCAGGCUGUCCCCCAAUCCUCCUAUGUGGGCAAUUGUCUACACAGUCUUCCCUCAGCCCAUGAGGCCAAGAACCUGGCCUCAGACCAAGAUCCCAGGGGUGGGCUUUGUGAAGAUCCAUGCUCCUUGGACCAUUCUCUGUCGAGAGGCGGAAUUCAUGAAGCUAAAGAUGCCCACCAAGAGGGUGUAUGAAGUCAAGCAGUCGACUGGUGUUAUGGAGAAGAUCAGCUCACUGGUCAGUAAGGUUCUGGAGCCUCUCCACCCUCAUGUUGAGGAGCAUCAACCCAAGAACAUCAAACAUCUGUCACACACUUUCUCCAGGGAAAAACAACACCUGUUUGACCUCUCAGACAAAGAUUACUUCUUCGACAGCAAAACCAGGAGUUCAAUAGUUUUUGAAAUACUAAAAAGAACAAAAUGCAAGGCCAAGUACAGCAUGGGUAUCACCAGCCUCCUUGGUAGCGGUGUCUAUACAGCAGCUUAUCCUCUUCAUGAUGGAGAUAUUAAUGAGGAGAGUGCAGAAUCCAAUGACAGAAAGCUUUUGUAUGAGGAGUGGGCAAACUAUAGUGUCUUCUACAAGUACCAGCCCAUUGGACUUGUGCGGAAAUAUUUUGGCGAGAAGAUUGGUCUCUACUUCGCCUGGUUGGGCCUGUAUACACAGAUGUUGAUUCCUGCCUCUCUAGUGGGGGUCAUUGUCUUUCUGUAUGGAUGUGCAACAGUCGAUGACAACAUACCAAGCAUGGAGAUCUGCCACCCAAGGAACAACAUCACCAUGUGUCCUCUGUGUGACAGAGUGUGCAGCUACUGGAAGCUUAGUACAGCCUGUGGAACAGCUCGGGCCAGUCACCUGUUUGACAACCCUGCCACAGUUUUCUUCUCUAUAUUCAUGGCUCUGUGGGCUGCCAUGUUCAUGGAGCAUUGGAAGAGGAGGCAGAUGAGACUGAACUACGAAUGGGACCUGACUGGGUUUGAAGAUGAGGAGGACCAUCCCAGGGCUGAAUAUGAAUUCAGGGUAAUGCAGAAGUCUUUGAGUAAAGAUCAGAAAUCACAGCACAAGGUGGAAAAGCUCAACUAUCAAGACCGCCUCCCUGCCUACAUGACUAACAUUGUCAUGAUGCUGUUAAUGAUUGGUGUUACAUUUGCCAUUGUGUUUGGUGUGAUCCUCUACCGGAUCUCCACCAAAGCCGCUCUUCAUAUGAGCUCCAAUCCUACCACACGGAACCAUGUACAGCUGACUGUUAAAACCACUGCAGCCAUCAUCAACCUGGUGGUCAUCCUCAUACUGGACGAGGUGUAUGGAGCUGUGGCACGAUGGCUCACUGUGUUAGAGGUUCCUAAAACAGACAAGAGUUUUGAGGAACGACUGAUCUUCAAGACCUUCAUUCUCAAGUUUUUCAAUGCAUUCACCCCUAUCAUCUACAUUGCUUUCUUCAGGGGAAGACUGGUAGGCAGACCAGGCAGCUAUCUGUAUGUGUUUGAAUCCUACAGAAUGGAAGAGUGUGCUCAUGGAGGCUGUCUGAUGGAGCUGUGUAUACAGCUGAGUAUCACCAUGUUGGGAAAACAGCUAAUUCAAAACAACCUUUUUGAGAUUGGAAUACCCAAGUUGAAGAAGCUGAUUCGUUACAUUCGGUCAAAGCAAGGUGCUUUUCAAGAGGAAGAGAGACAGAAGAAGCUGCAAAGAUACGAGGCUGACCACUUUCUGGAACCAUUUGCUGGGUUAACACCUGAAUAUAUGGAAAUGAGUCAGUGUAACACUUGA